AUGGCUGCGAUGCAAGGCACACUAUGUCAUGGUAAGAAGUCAAACAAUGAGUGUCGUCAGCGCUGGCAGCUGAUCCAGAACCCUGAGCUGAUCCGAGGUCCCUGGACUGAGGAGGAGGAUCAAAAGGUGAAGGACCUGGUUCAGCAGUACGGGUUGAAGAGAUGGUCAUUUAUCUCCAAAUUCGUGAGGACUCGAAAUGGAAAGCAGUGCCGCGAGCGCUGGUGUAACCACCUGAACCCGGCGGUGAACAAGGGCAUCUGGACACAGGAGGAGGACAUUCUGGUUAUACAGGCCCAGAAGGAGCUGGGAAACCGCUGGGCCACCAUCUCCAAGCUGCUGCCCGGCAGGACUGACAACUGCAUUAAAAACCGCUGGUACUCCACUUUGAAGAAACAGGUGGAGAGGAAGAGAGUUUUCACCAUCUCCCCCAGCUGCAGCCCUCCCCACACAGCCACCAAGAUGUCAGCCAUGGACCUGAGCGCUGGCUUCCCACUCAUCAUCAUCCCCAGUACCUUCACCAACGUCUUCUCGUCCCAGCAGCACAGCUUCUGUCCACACUACGGUGUCCGGAAGCCUGAAGAGCAUGGAGAGACAAUCAGAGUGACGGAGGAGCCGGAGCUUCAAACACCAACAACUCUGAAGUUCGAUUACGGCACAGAGACGACGUCUGGAGAGGCGAUUUCAGGUGGAGUGUGCCCCGGUCUGAUUCAAGAGAACACCAAACAUCUGGUCAACAGCUUCGGCAGGAGCCAAACUCCACAGCUGAGCUCUGAGCUGGACUUCGGUGUGGACGUCCUCACUGUCUGCAACCAGGACAAAACUCUGGAAGCUCUGAGCUGCUCCCCGUCUGAGUUCUCUUAG